AUGUCCAACGGCGUCCCCCCCAACGGGCCCUCCGCGCCGACGCACACCCAGUCGCAGCGCUAUCUCAGCACGCGGGGCGAUGACAGCGGUCUCUCCUUCGAGGAAGUCGUCCUCAAGGGUCUCGCCUCCGAUGGCGGCCUAUACAUCCCCGAACAUGUCCCCGCCGCGGCGCAAUGGGAGUCCUGGAAGGACCUCUCGUUUGUUGACCUCGCCUUCAACGUUUUGUCUCUCUACGUCUCUCCCUCCGAGAUUCCCGCCGAGGACCUCAAGGAUAUCAUCCGCCGCAGUUAUUCCACCUUCCGCGCCGACGAUGUCACCCCCCUAGUACACCUACAGGACAACAUCCACCUGCUAGAGCUCUUUCACGGGCCGACAUUCGCCUUCAAGGACGUGGCCCUGCAGUUCCUCGGCAACCUGUUCGAGUACUUCUUGGUGCGCCGGAACGAGGGGAAGACAGGGCGGGACAGGUAUCACCUCACCGUGGUGGGCGCGACAAGCGGUGACACGGGUUCGGCCGCCAUUUACGGCCUGCGGGGGAAGAAAGAUGUCUCAGUUUUCAUGCUCCAUCCCAAGGGCCGUGUGAGCCCAAUUCAGGAGCUCCAAAUGACCACCGUGCUGGACGCCAACGUCCACAACCUCGCCGUGACGGGCAACUUUGACAAUUGCCAGGAUAUCGUGAAGGCCCUUUUUGCCGAUCCCGACAUCAACUCGACCCACAAACUCGGCGCCGUCAACUCGAUCAACUGGGCGCGCAUCUUGGCCCAGAUAGUCUAUUACUUCCACUCGUACUUCUCCCUAGCCCGCCAACAGCCGGACUCCUUUAAGAUCGGCGACAAGGUUCGCUACUCGGUCCCCUCGGGUAACUUCGGCGACAUCCUGGCCGGCUAUUUUGCCCACCGCAUGGGCCUGCCCGUCGACAAGUUUGUCAUCGCGACCAACGAGAACGACAUCCUCGAUCGGUUCUGGAAGACGGGCCGGUACGAGAAGCAGGCCAGCUACGGCUCCGCAGCCGAGGGCGGCCUCGAAUCCGACGGCGUCAAGGCUCACGAGGACGGAGUCAAGGAGACCCUCUCCCCGGCCAUGGACAUCCUCGUGUCGUCCAACUUCGAGCGCCUGCUGUGGUUCCUCGCCUACGAGUUCGCGUCGAGCGCCGGCAUGGACGACGAGUGGAACAAGAAGCAGGCCGGUCAGGAGGUGUCGUCAUGGUUGGCCGAUCUCAAGAACAAGGGCGGCUUCGGCCCCGUCUACAAGGACGUGCUCGAGACGGCCCGCCGCACCUUUGAGAGCGAGCGUGUCAGCGACCAGGAAACCCUCGAUACCAUCCGCGCCCUCUACAAGGACGUCGGCUAUGUACUUGACCCCCACACCGCCGUCGGCGUCGAGGCCGCCAAGCGCUCCGCCACCCGCGCCACCCCUGAUACCCCCAUCAUCUCGCUCUCUACCGCCCACCCGGCCAAGUUUGCUGGCGCCGUCACCCUCGCCCUCAAGGAUGAGGAGGGCUUCGAGUUUGACGCCAAGGUGCUACCUCCGGAGUUCGUCGGGCUGGACAAGAAGGAGAAGAGGGUCAGGGAUGUGGAGAACAACUGGAAGGCCGUGCGGGAGUUGGUUAAGGAGGAGGUUGAGGAGGAGCUGAAGGGAAAAAGGUAA